AUGGAGGCCAUGAGCGGGAAUGAUCUGAUCUGCCAUCAGGAGUUUCGAAUGUACCCGUCGAUGUUGCGACACUUUGCACAUGUCCUACGAGACGAGUAUGGCUUAACAAGUAGCCAGCAGGAUCUCUAUGAGAAAGUGGAAGUGCUAUAUGUCGUCGUUGCACUUUCGAAACAUACUAUACGACCGGCUUGGAACUACAAUGAUGGUGUCGAGCCGCCCAAGUCGAAUCCGAACAAGCAUCCACUAUUUCAGAAUUGUAUUAGGGCUAUAGACGGAACACAUGUGAGAGUUGUGUUACCACGUCAUGAACGUGUGAACUUCAUUGGUCGGAAAGGCGUACUGACUCAAAAUGUGUUGAUCGUAUAUGACUUCAAUUUAUGUUUCAUGUUCGUGCUUGUUGGGUACACCGGGAAUACGCAUGACAGACGUAUCUUAGCACGUGCCAUAUUCAGUCCUAAAAUAGAUUUUUCGCAUUUGGCACCAGGAAAGUAUUAUUUGAUGGACUUCAGUUUUGCCCAUCAACCGAGGUUUCGAAAUGCUCGUGAGAGGUUCAACUUCAGACACUCUUCAUGCAGAAAUGUCAUUGAAUGUGCAUUUGGUGUGUUGAAGCAAAGAUGGAAAAUCCUUGAUCGUAUGCCUAGUUACUCGUUUGAAACACAAGUUGUAGUUGUCCUAGCCACAAUGGGUAUCCAAGAUUUUGUACGUUGUACUAAAGUUUUGGACGAAGCAUUUGCUUGA